GAGAAACACCAUCUCUCUGCCUGACUCUUCAUACCAGUGUGGGCUUCUGUGUAGCUUGCAAUACGACAUUUGUUUCUAGAGAUUUAAGACCUGUGGCAAGAAAGAAAAGACGUGAAGGGAGAAAAAAAAGGGUAACAGUGAUAGCUAGAAAAUAACCUAAUUUGCUGAAGUGAAGAGAUACCACACAGGGAUUUUCUAAGUGCCUCCAAUUUGCACAGGCUGGCCUGCAUAGACAUGGAUGUCUUCAUGGAUAAGGAUUUCAGUAUGACUGGGAACACGAGUCAUGAAACGCCACGAGCAAGAAUAGAAGGAAACAAAGACCAAGGACUCAACCACAGUGACCCCUUGGACAUGUUCAUAGGCAUAGAGCUCCUUCAGCGAUACAAGCCUCUCUUCUUGCCUUUGUACUGCCUUGUUGUGGUAGUAGCUGUUGUUGGAAACUCCUUCCUUUUGGCUUGCAUCCUGGCUGACAAGAAACUCCACAAUGCCACCAACUUUUUCAUCGGUAACUUAGCAGCAGGUGACCUGUUGAUGUGUUUGACUUGUGUUCCGCUGACAGUGUCUUACGCCUUCGACAGCCACGGCUGGGCUUUUGGAAGACCUUUCUGCCAUUUGGUUCCCUUGCUGCAGUGUGCCACAGUCUUUGCAUCGGUGCUUUCACUCACUGCUAUUGCUGUGGACCGCUAUAUUGUUGUAGCUCAUCCAGUACGGAGGAGGAUUUCUGUGUGGGGUUGCGGUGCAGUGACUCUGGGUGUCUGGCUUUUAUCUUUGGCCCUGGCCGCACCUCCAUCUUACUACACAGACUACCUGGACCUGCGGCCCACGGGCAUUGACCUGGUAGUGUGUGAAGAAUUCUGGCCAAAUAGUGGCAAUCUGCGGCUUCUCUACUCUUGCUUCAUUUUAAUAACCUCGUAUAUGAUCCCACUGCUGUCAGUUAGCGUAUCCUACUGUGCCAUUACUAUCAGUUUGAAGCGCUAUUCAGUGCCUGGGGAGCCAUCAAACAGUCAGCAGCGCUGGAGCCAAAGGAGGAAAAAGACUUUCUCUCUGCUGGUGGCCUCAGUGCUGGCCUUUGCCCUGUGUUGGCUGCCUCUCCAGGUGCUGAACCUGUUGCUGGACUUGGACCCAGACUUCCAUAUUAUGGGCAAGCGCUACAUAAAUGUCUUACAAGUAUGUUGCCACUUAGUGGCUAUGAGUUCUGCAUGUUACAAUCCUUUCAUUUAUGCCUCACUGCACAGCAAGGUGCGAAUGCACCUCAAAGGUUAUCUCUGUCCUUGCCACAACCGCCAGAGGAGGAUGGUGGAGAGAUCCAGGAGUUGAACCCACAAUGCAACUGUAGCAGCUCUUGAUAUGCAGAGCCCAUUCUUAUCCGCAAGCUAGCACCUGCACCCCAGCAUGAGCGUUAAUGUCUGAGACAUCCAGGAGAAUACAAUGCAGCUGUUCAACAUUUAUUUAAACCAUUUUCUCCAUGCUUUACCAGCAUUUUGUGACGUCAUGGCAUUUAGUCCUUUCUUGUAGCGUCCCCAAAGGCAGUGCUAAAAAAAACAAAGAAAAAACACUGCUUACAAAAAAAAAAUCCAAUGAUGGUAAAGAAGAAAGAAGACCAGUGAAGAGUCCACUGGGAUCCCUGUGUUGUGCUUAGAUGGCAGUGCUGCGGAGGCUAAGCAGACGCUGCAGCUUUGAAAAGGCCAGCGGGGGUAUAAACAGUGUUCAGCUGUAGCAGACUUAUGCUUGAGGCUGAGAUCAUGGGUGUUAACACUGGUUACAGGGACCGGUUUGCUUAAACAUUAAACACUUGACUUCAGGGAGCUGACCGUACAGUGAACUCCUCAAACCAGACGUGGAUCAGGAAAAGACAUGCGAUGGUUUUAUGUUGUCCACAGCACUGAAUGUCCGCCUUUCAAAAAUGUCAUUCAAUUAUUUACAUAUAUUAUUGAAUAACAAAUUACUGGCUAUUUUUAGGUUUAUUAAACGUAAUUAGGUGGUACAGUCUAAGUGUGUUUAUGUGUAAUAAAUAUAUAUUUGUGUUUGUGCAUACAUGCUGUAUGCAGUUUCUUCAUUUUCUGCAGGUCAAAACCUCAGUAUGUGCAAUAAUGAUAAAAAUGCAUCUUACUGUAUAUGACACCUUGCAGCAGUAUUGGAAAUCGUCUUCAAUUAUAUCUUAUCAAUACCAAAUUAAUAAAGGAUUUACUUGAGUGAGUGCUCAUAGUUAAAUGUUAAGUGCUCUGGCUCUACCUGACAAAAGAGACUGGCACAAUAAUUAAUUAUUACAUAAUUAAAGCACGAACAAAAACAAUAACUGUAAAGCAUUACUCUGCUGAUGCCGUUCACAUUGACUUACCAUCAAGUAUGAUUAAUGCUUUCAUAGGCUGGGUAUGAAGACUCACCAGAGGACAUGCUAAUGUGCUCUAAAUUGCAUGUAAGCAGAAUUAAUUUGGUUCAUUCAGUUAAUUAGAAACCUAAAAUGUUCAUUGCUGCUAAUUUCUGUCUAUGUAGAUCUGUUUAGAGCUCUCUAUAUGGACAGAUAGAUAGAUAGAUAGAUAGAUAGAUAGAUAGAUAGAUAGAUAGAUAGAUAGAUAGAUAGAUAGAUAGAUAGAGUGCAUCAAAUGCAAUAAAUGGAUCAGAGUGCAGGGUAAAAUGUCCAUCAACAAAUCUAAUCAGCCCAUUCAGAAAUAGCAAACACCAUUUGCUCAAACAUAUCCAGUGUACCUUUAGUGCAAACUAAUGAGCCACAGCUCCCCAGCCAAUGCUCGCUGAUGCCAACUGUCACCUUUUAACAAUCAAAUUACUUUGCUGUCUGUUGCUUGGCAGCUUGGUUGCUCUGGCUUUUCUCUCUAAGUAAACCUUGAGACUGCAUUUGCCUCUCCUCAAUUGGAUUUUUGUCCUGAUGCUUUUUCUGAAAGGAUUUAAAAGAGUUAUUGUUGUGUUCUUUAAAAGUGAUUUUGUUUGUUUGUUUACUUGUUUGUAUUUUUUAAACUGAAUUUCAUCUCUUUCCGCCAAAUGCCCUACCGCCACACAUAAUAGGCACUUGCAGAUCCCACCCCCACUCUGUCUGUUGAUGGCACCAAUGUUCCUUAUCUGAAUGUAUUUACGUCAUUGUCAAUGUAAACUUUGGUUAUAUAGAUGAUAUGACAGUACUUUAUCAGAUGUGGACCUCGGUUUCCCCACUAAAAAUCUAUUAUUUGAAUGAGUGUUCCACAACAAAAAAAUAUUAAAAAAUAUACCCUUGACAACCAUAAAGAUACCUUCAUGACGUAUCAGUGUGAAAGUGUGACUAGUAUGAGUCAUUUCAAGUAUUCUCUUGUAAACUGUAAAUUAUGCUGGUAAGCUAUGAGUGUACAAAAGCGGCUAACAUUUCCACUUUAUUUAUCUGUGACUAAGUCAAUGAAGAAAAAAAGACACUGAACUGUGGCUUUGUAUGUUAAUUUCAUUUACUGAAAAACCAUGCAUGUGCAAGCAGAGUAAUGGGUGGAAAACCAGGUCUUAUAUAUUUAAGCCAAUUUCAAAAAUUCCAUGUUUAGGUUGUUGUUUUUGGCUAUUGUUGAAUUAAAAAACUUGAACAUU